UGAUGCAGGAGCGAUGGCAACAAGCGCUGCCCACCGCUCCCCUCGAGGCUCGCCGCUGCGCGACCUGCGUGUGCGCCACUCGUCAGUGUCAGCCAUGGAGCACGCGCGUCUCUCCUCGCUCCUCGUUAUAGCGCUGUUACAGCUCAGCCAAACUGAAAUCUCAAACACUCUACCAGAAUCAUGGUACGCCGCUAACGUAAUAAAUGAUGGAUCAUACUCACCGAAGCCCUUAUCUGAGAUAUUUUCGACGCAAUCGACUUUCUCUUCGGCUAAUCCAAUCGUCGUGCUACAAUCCUCGACAGCAGAUCCGAUUUUGUUCUCGACACCCACAAGUUCGGCGCCAUCAAUAGGCAGGCCGAAUGACAGAAUAACAGAAAUAUCCGUUGUGCCCUUACAAACUGAAGAACCUGCUCAGCCACAGUCGACAGAGUCAGUGCCGUCGCAAUCUCCACCGGUCACAAUAUUUGCUGAUACGCCGACAUCGCCACCACGACUUCCCGAAUUGUCACAGUUCCAACAACCACCCGCACCGCCUUCGGCCCCACCAGUAUUAUCAGCUCCCCAGCAAAUCCAAAUACAAACCGCGCCACAAGGAACGCCGCAAGGAACGCCGCCAGCUCCUACCUCUACUACAAUUCCACCAGUUACGACUACCUUUUCUUCAUUUCCACCAUUUACGUCUACAUCUUCUUCAUUUGUAUCAGUUACAUCUAUCUCUUCGUCAUUUGCGCCAGUAACAUCUAUCUCUUCGUCAUUUGCGCCAGUAACGUCUACCUCUUCGUCAUUUGCACCAGUAACAUCUACCUCUUCAUUUGCACCAGUUACAUCUACCCCCUAUUCGCUUCCACCGGUUACCUCUACCCCCUUUUCCCUUCCAUCAGUUACCAACAGCACCUCUUUUGCAGUCCCCCCAGUAAUUUCUACCUUUUCUCCAGCAAUACCUAGUACUAGCAAUGCCCCUCAAGUACCCUGCACAAACAGCUCAAAAUCAGGCUCUCAACUACCGUCAUUCAGAAUUCGCCUAGUAGCUCCAAGGGGAUCCGUGACCAAAGUCGAAAUCAAUCCUCCGAUUACAACCACCACUAGAAGACCCACUACUACUCGAACUCGAAGAAUAAGGAACAAUUACGAUGGCUGCGUCAGCGGAUGCGGAGGCAGGAAGGUCCCUAUAUGUGCCAGUCCCUCGGGCGUGUCUCCUAUCGACCCAAACAGGCUUAAAGGAUUCCCAUCAGUGUGCCACAUGGCAUGCCACAAUUCGUUUAGGAAGACUUUGUACGAAAAGGUGACUGAUGGUAGAUGCGGCCAACUGCGCACCCGAAUCAGGCCUCUUGACUCCAAAACCAAGCUCAAAAAGGACGAUCUCCAGAAAGCUACAUAUACUGUCGUACAAGGAGGCCCGUCAGUCAUCGAGUUCACACCCUUGAACUCUUAGAGGCAACAUUUUUGUCAAAGUAAUUGUAGUACUCUUAAACUCCUCAGCGAGAGAGAUUAUGUCCAAUAUUGAGUCGGACAAUUUAAACCGUGCCACGUUUGAGUAAAAUUGUUAGAAUUACAGUACUGUAGAUCUACUGUAAUAAAACCAGUCAAAGGAGACUAUAUAGAGAUAAUGAGAUUUCAUGUCCUUCGAGACUAUGUACUUUGGCUCUCAAAAUACCUACGUCUUUAGAAAAUAAGAACACGAGAUUCUAUCACUGCCAAAUUGUACCAACGUACACUUGUUCAAUAUUUAUUUGAACAGGAUUAAUGUCAUAAAAUUAAGGAAUAUUGCA